CGGGGCGUUCCGCUUACCACGGCGGGGGCGGGAUGUCUGUAACGUGUGGGCUCGGCAUUGGCUCCACAGCGCGCCUAUCACUUUUCUCCGAGCCUGGCGGAAGAGCCGACGAGCAGCUUCCUUCCGACCGCUGUAGGGGAGUUGGGCCGGCCGCUUCGCUGCUUCCGCCCGGCCUGCUCAGCAGCUGCCCUGUCUGGUUCUGUCAGCCACGGAAAGCGCCCGGAGGGACUGAUCCGGGCAAGGCGCAAGCAUGAAAUCAGAACCUGAAGUUCCGCUGCACGAAGAGUUCACCUACGUUUAUGGAAUGGCUACACAAGUCAUUAAGUGUGGGCCUUGGAAAGAUCUCUGGAAACGUAAAAGUGCUCCCAAAGCCUUGCUUCUAGUUAUUCCAGGUAAUCCAGGUUUACCAGGCUACUACCGGGCAUUCUUGAAAAAAUUGUACUCUUGCCUGAAUCAACAGUAUCCGGUCUGGGUCGUAGGGCAAGCUGGACACUGCAAACUCCCCAAAGGCAUGAAAAUGAUAGAAGAGAUGGAUGUUAAUAAACUAGAUGAUGGCUUUGGACUUCGUGGACAAAUAGAACACAAGUUGAGCUUUAUUCGAAAGAAUGUACCAAAAGAUGUGAAGCUUGUGCUCAUUGGCCAUUCCAUCGGUGCCCACAUGAUCAUUGAAAUGAUGAAGCGCGCACAGGAUGUGGAGAUUCUCCGCAGUCUGCUGCUCUUUCCAACAGUGGAACGUAUGGCUGCGUCCCCACAAGGCAAGAUCAUGACACCGCUGGUCACCUGGUUUCGUUAUCCCUUGUACAUGUUUUCCUACUUCACAUCGUUUCUGCCAGACAGAAUAAAACACUUCAUGUUACGUUUGGCAUCUGUCAUACUGCACCUAGAUGACGCUACACUAGCGACUACUAUAGAUUUUCUCAAUUUCGAUUCUGUUGUAAACGCCGUAUACCUGGCAAAUCAAGAGAUGAAGCAGGUUGUAGAGAGAGAUAACACUGGCAUCAGAAAGCAUUUAAAGAAGCUGACUUUUUACUAUGGAACUAUAGACCUCUGGUGUCCCCUGCAAUACUAUGAAGAGAUGAAGAGGGAUUUCCCGGAUGGAGACAUCCGAUUGUGCGAGAAAGGAUUCAAACAUGCUUUCGUCAUUGGUUCCAGUGAGGAGAUGGCUGAAAUGGUUGCAGACUGGGUGCGAGAUGAUCUGGCUAGGCUGUAAACAGGGGAGUGAAGCAAGUAGCAACAGGACAGGAAGUAUUUUAAGUGUUUUAUGGGUAUGUGAUUAUACUUGAAAAUGUUUGCUCCUCAUUACGUUUCUACAGUUGCAGCUGGUUUCCUCUAAAGGAUGUGCCACAAAGGAACUUUGUGGCCCGAAAGAUAGUCCCAUUGACCCUCUGAAUCC